AUUUCUGUUGUUUUCGCUUGGUUCUUCAGCAUCAGCUCCUUCUCGGCGUCCAUAUCUCUGUAGCCUUUGUGUUUUCUGUGUUCUUCGGUUCUUCUUUACACGUUCAACCAGAAUUUCUGGUGACUAGGAAGAAGCAGGUUAGGGACGAAGGUCGUAAAGGUUUCAAUGGAUUCAUCUCUAAGAGGGAAAAAAGUCAAGUCAAAUAUCCAAGUCCUCGCUGAUGGAUCUAGGCCCCGAUAAUCGUGUGAGGUUUCAAGAUUGGAGGUCAGCCAAACCUUUCUACAUAGAGGAUGGGUAUGAAAGAAAAGCAAGACCUUCAUUCAGUGCUGUCCUGAAGAGUUUUCAGAGGGGAUUUGAGAAAAGCUCAGAGACAAUCAGGUCCUUCAAGAAACCUUUAAGUUUCCGGUCACGUAGGAAUGAUCAGAAGAAAGAAAGCCAUACCAAGAAGAACAUCCAUGACCCGCAGGGUUCGUUUUUGCAGAAUUGGAACAAAAUCUUUCUCUUCGCUUGCGUGAUUGCUUUGGCCAUCGACCCGAUAUUUUUCUACGUUCCCGUUGUUGAUGGUGAAAAGCUCUGCCUUGAUCUGGACUCAAAGUUGGAGAGAGCCGCCUGUGUGUUACGCUCGUUGGUCGAUGCUUUCUACGUGAUUCAUAUAGUAUUUCAGUUCAGGACAGCGUAUAUUUCUCCUUUUUCUCGGAUUUUUGGAAGGGGCGAGUUGGUGGAUGAUCCUAAAGCCAUAGCCAUCAAGUACAUUUUGUCAUAUUUCAUCAUCGACAUACUCUCCAUCCUUCCUCUCCCGCAGCUAGUACUGUUAGUUAUUAUCCCCAAUGUCAAUCGGCCAGUGUCGUUGAUUACAAAGGACUACCUGAAAUCGGUCAUAUUUGCUCAGUAUGUGCCUCGGAUCAUCCGUAUUUAUCCGCUUUACAGCGAAGUGAAAAGAACUUCUGGCUUAUUUACUGAAACAGCAUGGGCUGGAGCAGCUUGGAACCUCUUCCUCUACAUGUUAGCCAGUCAUGUGUUUGGAGCACUGUGGUUCUUGAUCUCUAUAGAACGAGAGGACAGAUGCUGGCGAGAAGAGUGCGGAAAGAGAGAAGGCGAGUGUCAGUUCAAAAAUCUGUACUGUGAUGAUGCUCACAGGAUGAGCAAUGAUUUCCUGAAGAAUUCUUGCCCAUUUAUCAAUCCCGGCGACAUAACAAAUUCCACAGUCUUCAACUUUGGUAUCUUCAAUGAUGCUUUGAAAAGUGGCAUCGUGGAAUCGCGGGAUUUCUGGAAGAAAUUUUUCUACUGCUUCUGGUGGGGUCUAAGAAGUCUGAGUUCUUUGGGCCAGAAUCUCCAAACGAGCAAAUUCGUGGGGGAGAUAAUCUUUGUCCUGUUAAUUUGCGUAUCCGGGCUGGUCUUAUUUGCACUUCUUAUCGGCAAUAUGCAGAAAUACUUGGAAUCAACUACGGUUAGGGAAGAGGAGAUGAGAGUGAGAAAGAGAGAUGCAGAGCAAUGGAUGUCACACCGUUUGCUGCCGGAGGACCUGAGGAAACGUGUAAGGAAGUACGAACAAUACAAGUGGCAAGAAACUAGAGGAGUCGAGGAAGAAACCCUUUUGAGAAAUCUCCCUAAAGACCUCAAGAGAGACAUCAAACGCCAUCUCUGCCUCGAUCUCCUCAAGAAAGUACCAAUGUUUGAAAUAAUGGACGAACAGCUACUAGACGCAGUCUGCGACAGGCUUAAACCAGUGCUCUACACUGAGAACAGCUACGUAAUAAGGGAAGGAGACCCAGUGGAGGAGAUGAUGUUUGUGAUGAGGGGAAAACUGAUGAGUGCGACAACCAACGGGGGAAGAACGGGUUUCUUCAACGCGGUAUAUCUGAAAGCGAGCGAUUUCUGUGGGGAAGAUCUGCUGACAUGGGCAUUGGAUCCACAGUCAUCAUCACAUUAUCCGAUAUCGACGAGAACGGUACAAGCUUUGACGGAAGUAGAAGCCUUUGCACUCGCGGCCGAGGAUCUAAAGUUUGUGGCUUCGCAGUUCAGACGCCUUCACAGCAAGCAGCUCCAGCACACAUUCAGGUUCUACUCGGUGCAGUGGAGGACGUGGGGGGCAUGUUUCAUACAGGCGGCGUGGAGGAGACAUUGUCGAAGGAAGCUGGCCAGGUCGUUGCGUGAGGAAGAAGAGAAACUGAGAGACGCUCUCGGCCGUGACCAUGGCCAUGGACAGGAACCGAGGUUGAGCUUGAGAGCGGCGGUCUAUGCGUCACGCUUCGCUACGAAUGCACUUAGAAACCUAAGGCACAACAAUAUGAACCUGCCUCGCUACACCCUCCCUUUCCUCCCUCAGAAACCCACUGACCCCGACUUCUCUUCCCUUUCCAUCCCUUAGCUUACUCCACCUUCUUAUAUAUGUGGAUCGUUAUUCGUUUUCAUCCUUGUGUUUUUUACUUUUACUGUAAAUAAGUAAAUUACUGCGAGGAUAGUGUGUGUGUGUUUUGCAUUGUGGAAAUAGAAGGUUUUGUCCAUAUGUACAAUCAUUCGUUUUCAUUAUCUUCAAUUUUACGUUGAAUA